AUAGUAAAUGCAGGGCCGGGGGAGAGGGGAAAUAUGUUUUUGCAAGGGCCGGGGGAGCCCAUAUAUAGUGAAUGCAGGGUCCGGGGAGCCCGGGAUAUAGUGAAUGCAGGGUCCGGGGAGCCCCGGAAAUAGUAAAUCAGGGUUGGGGAGAGGGGAUAUAUAAAAGCAGGGUCCGGGAGAGCGGAUAUAGGGGAAAGCGGGGGUCCGGGGACCAAAAAAUUAGUGAAUGAGGGUCUUGGGAGAGCGGAAAUAGUAAUGCAGGGUCCGGAAAGGGGUUUAUAUGAAUGCAUGGCCCGGAGAGCGGAUAUAGUGAAUUCAGGGUCCGGGGAGA